UGGUUUCUAUGUUUCAAUGAUAGACUCUUUUUUUUGCUGAUGGAGAAAGGAAUAAGUCUAUUGAUGUCAUGAUUUUUGACGAUGAAACUCCUGAAGGUGAUGAAAAGUUCCAGUUAAUCUUAACAAAUCCUUCUCUGGGGCUGGAAUUAGGGGAGAACACAACAGCUACGAUCACUAUACUUGCCAAUGAUGAUGGCCAUGGAGUUUUGUCAUUCAAUAACAGUGAUCACUUCUUCUUGAGAGAGCAAACAGCCAUCCAUUUGAUGGAAAGUGUUGCAGUAUUGAAUAUUAUUAGAGAACCUCCUCAGGGAAUAUUUGGUACUGUGACUGUUCAAUAUCUUGUAAGUGAAAUUAAUUCUUCAGAGCCAUCAGUGGAUUUGACUCCUUCUCAAGGAUACAUUGUGUUGGAAGAGGGAGUCAGAUUGAAGACACUACAUAUUUCUGCAAUACUAGAUGAAGAACCAGAAAUGGAUGAGCAUUUUAUUGUCACCCUGUUCAAUCCAACUGGAGGAGCCAGAUUAGGCACAAGAGUGGAAACUAUGAUUACUGUUUUACAGAACCAGGCUCCUCUAGGGCUUUUCAGCAUCUAUCCAGUUUCUAAUAGGACAAAUUUUCUUAUCAUUGAAGAAGCCAACGCUACAGCUUAUUUAAAAGUUUCACGGACUAAUGGGCUCAACACAUCUGUGAGCAUUGAGUGGGAGACGCAGUCAAACACUGCAUUUGGCAUCAGGGAUGGAAUCAACGUUCUGUCCAUUUUGCAAAGUUUUGUGGAAGAGUCAGUGUCUGGUUGGUGUUUCUUUACCUCAGGAGAAAUUUUGUAUGGUGUUCUGUUGCAUGUGCCUCCAGCCAUGUUUUCUACUGUUUACCAGUGGAAAGGAGUAUUUGUUCCCGUUGAGAAUUUCACUAUGUGGAAUCCUAAAAGCUGCAUGUCUUACAAAAUUGGUGGUUCUUCCUACCUUGUGAUUAGCCAUGGAGGAACUGGACAGGGAGCUUCUGACAACAGUGUUUAUACAUUCAUGCCUGGACGCAGAUUGUUAUGGAUGCAAACUCUAUCUGUUCUGGAUACCAGACAUGUGAAACAUUUUACUGUGGAGAAGGAAGACUAUUUGAUUAUUGUGAGCCAUAUAACUGGUUCCAGUUCCAUCCAGAUUUUCCAGUGGAAUAAAAACAUGUUUCUUCUGCAUCAUCAACUUCCUCUUCAUGGAGUUCUGAACAUAAACUUGUUUCCUAGGGGAGGCUCUAUGUAUAUGUUAGUUUCUUUAUCAAAUACCAGCCAAAACAUGCUCUUGUACCAGUGGUUGAAUAAUGAGUUUAGGAGGCUUCAUGAAGUACCAGAAAAAGAAGUAAAACAUAUGGAGUCCUGGAUUUCUGGAUCUGAUAUCUAUUUAAUUACUGCAAAAGGUAUUCAGCAGAAAACAACAAAAGAGUUUACGGAGUAUAUGAGAGUUUGUUCAAUAGCAAAGGCAUUUGUGGUAAAGGGCAUUAGUUCAGGUGAAUUGAUAUUUGAUCCUGGGGACAUGGAAGUUGUGAUAGCUGUCAAUAUCCUUGAUGAUAUUAUCCCAGAAGAGGAAGAAUGCUUCAGAGUGUGGCUGAAAAAUCCUAAAGGAGGUGCAGAGAUUGGUUCUCAUGGUUUUGUUAACAUUAUUAUUCCUUCGAAUGACAAUGCCUAUGGAGUCAUAGCAUUUGCUCAGAAUUCUUUAUUUAAGCAGGUUGAAGAAAUGGAACAGGACAGUUUAAUCACUUUGAAUGUUGAACGUUUAGUAGGAACAUAUGGACGAGUUACAGUAGAAUGGAUAGCCAAUGGGAGCAUAAGUGAUGUAUUUCCAGCUUCAGGAAUGAUUACAUUUUCAGAAGGUCAGGCACUGUCCAUGAUCACGCUGACAAUUCUUGCAGACAGUGCUGCAGAGCUUUCAGAGACUGUGACUAUCACCCUCACUCAUGUUACCACUGUGGGUGUUCAAGAUACUACGAGAGGAGCUAUCAUUGAUCCCAAAAAAUCAAGGGCAAUACUUACCAUUUUACCUAGUGAUUCCCCACAUGGUGUGAUUGGCUGGCAUACAAACUCUCUCUUUGUUAAAGUCACAGAGCCAGAAGGGCAAAUGAAUUCAACUAUUGUUACUUUGCAAAUUGUUCGUGAGCAAGGAUUUGUUGGAGAGAUUGCAGUUCAGUUGAGUACUGAACCUAAUUUGGACCUUCCUCUCUCCAACCAAGCAACAGAGAAUGAGGAUUAUAUAAUAGAAAAGAAGACAAUUAAUAUGAAGGAGAAUGCAACAAUAACUUCUGUCAUGAUCACUAUUUUACCUGACAAUUUUCCAGAAUUACAGGAAGGAUUUAUAAUCAAUAUUACUGAUGUGAAGCUGAUAGAUUCUCUCACUAGAGGUCAGCCAAGUGUGAAGAGGGUUGGUUUAGAAAUAGCUGAAAUAGCAAUUGAAGAAAAUGAUGAUGCAAGAGGAAUAUUUAGUUUCAGUGUUACAAAGGAUAAAAUUGGAACUGUUGUUGGUUAUGAGGUACCACCACCACAUAAUAUACUGAAACUUCCAGUUGUUCGACAGGCUGGGAGAUUUGGGUCAGCAGUUCUGUACUGGGAAGCCAUUCUUUUAACUGCUGGUUUUGAAGACUUUACACCAUCAUCUGGAAAUCUUACAUUUGCAGAUGGGCAGGUGGGCACUUGA